AUGUAUCCACCUAGUAUUCCAUAUCUAAGCCCCCUUGAAGCGGUUCCCGCCCGGAGCGGAAUUUUCAACGAACGAUUCCUAGUGGUUCGAGAUAUCAAAAAGCUACCAUGGAGGCAGGAAGCUGUGGUCGUGAGCGCAGAGGCGAAGCUCCUUCAUCAGCAUAAUCUGGACUACGGCGAAUUGGGGGAAUUUCAAAAAAGCUACGGCUGUUUCUUUGGAUCCCUUCGUCGAAGAGGCGCACUUGGAGCUCGAGGAAUAUAUCAAAGCGUCACCAGGAUCAGCCAUUUGUUCGUUGUGUGGUUCAAGGUAAAAAAUAUCGAAUGGUCCACUGAAGACGACGUUAUGGUAACAUCUGACUUCGACGGUAACAUUUUCUCGUGGAACUUGAAGACUGCCAACGGAAAUAGUUUGAAUUACGACAAAGUUUUCCUGAUGAACGGUCUGAUGAGGAUGAAGCUGACGGAAGACGGUACGAAAAUGAUUAUAUCCACUACUACGGGUUUCAUGAUCAUCAUACACGACCUGAAUUUGUCGACUCUGGCUACUGAUUUGAGAUUCUUUCGGCCUAGUCUGUAUAGGUUGAUGCAACUUAGUGAACAAUGCUUCCCAGUUGGAACAGUACACAACUAUUUGUUUUCUCCGACGAGGAAGAGGAACAGAAUCGAAUUCAUCGAUGAUUUCCCGCAGGAGGCCGAAGCCAUUAGUUCUCUUCAAAUACAUCCUCAUGGUUGGUGCGCCGUGUCUAGAAAUUUAAAUGGAGACGAAAACCAGGAGUACACCACCGUCCACGACAUCCAAACCAGAGACCCUAAAGAUUACGAAAACGCUUUUACGACCGUAAUUGUUUCAGGUACAGACUCCUCCUUCAGCACCUAUUUCCGCCAGUGUCCGGAGCAGCGCACGAGAAUAAUAAAGAACCUCCCCCGCAUGACGCAUUUCAUCAGGGAGAAGGGUGUCGGAAAGGGGUUCAUCAAGGAGCUGUGCCUCUCGAAUGACGGCCGGGUGAUAUUCUCCCCCUACGACAAGGGGGUGAGGCUGUUGGGCUUCAACUACAAGUGCCAGGAAAUGUUGAUGUGCAUUCCGGAUAAGCCGCGGCAACUGAAGAUCGUUAAGGAGUUUGCCAAUCGCCACAAAGAUAUCGUAGUUUCGUGCAAGUUCAGUCCAGUGCAUCAUCAGCUCGUGAGCGGGUGUAUUGUAGGGGAUAUCAAUUGGUACCAACCUGUGUUCUAAGACUAUCGGACGGAUUAAUCUUUGUGGAGUUUCGUGUGCCUGUGAUUUUAUAUAAGAAGCGUUUUUUUGUGUCGGAUCAUAAUCAUUUACUAUUAAUUUGUCUAAGAUUUCAAACAAAUGAACAUUUCUUUACCAUAAAGUUUAUAUGGUACGGUCA